AUGAUGCUGCCGCCGAUGCUGCUGGCGUCUCCUCGAGCCGCGGAUCAACCCUUUCCUGUAUGCUCAUUCCCGCCCCGAUCUACCCCACAUUUACAUACCUCAGUCCCCGUUUGUCUCUCUUUCUGUCUGUCCGUAUUGUUGUUUGCCCAUUCUUCCUCUCGUCUGCUUGCUUCCACAUCUGUUCGUCUGUUUGUCCAUCAAUCCGUCCAUCUAUCUGUCUCCGUUUUGUCCUGCCCGCCGUCCCCUAAGUCUGUCGAUUGUCUAUCCGUCUCUCCCGUUUGUCCAACUGUCCGUUUGUCUGUCUUUCCGUCCGCCCGUCAGUGCACCUCUCCUUUGUCCCUACGUCCGUCCGUCCGUCUGUAUGGCCUGUAUGUAUGUAUACCGCCACAUCAAAUUGGAUGUCGGCUCUACGAUGGGCCUUGA